GGAACAGAAUAGAAAUGAUGUUGCUAACAUUCUUAUGGACCUAACCCAUAACAUAUGUACAACAACAUUUACAGAUACAGGUACUGACCCAAUCCCUGAGGAACCAAGUCCACUGCAAGAUGAGUUUUUUGAACUACAAAGGAAAUAUUCUCAGUUACAAACAGAGUAUCAGCGAGUACUAGACCACAACAGAGAACUAAAAGAUGAAAUUCAAAAGAAGAAGUUUACGUUUAGUAACUUGGAUAAUGCCAAAAUAUCAGCUUUAACUGGCCUGUGCUCAGUGGCAGUGUUCAUGUGGGUUUUAUCUCUUGUAAGUUUAUGUAUUAAGAGAAUACGAAAUGUAAGUCCUGGUGACCAGCUGUUGUUGGUAUUAAUGAAGCUGAAGUUGAACUUGACAAACCGAGACUUAGCAUUGCGGUUCAACAUAUGCCCAACACAAGUAUCAAAGAUUUUAGGUCAGUGUUUACCAAUUUUUGCCAAGAAACUUAAAUUUCUUAUACAGUGGCCAGAUAAAAAUACAAUACUGAAAAACUUGCCUAACGCCUUCAAAAGAAACUAUAAGAAGUGCAGAGUUGUCAUUGAUUGUGCAGAAAUAUUUCUUCAGAGACCAUCAAAUCUAGAUGCUAGGGCCAAAACAUGGAGUAACUAUAAACACCAUAAUACCCUUAAGUUUUUAAUUGGUAUUACACCAUAUGGUUCUGUUAGUUUCUUGUCUGAAUGCUGGGGUGGGAGAGUUAGCGACAAAGAAAUUACUGAAAAAUCUGGGUUUUAUAAUAAACUGGAAUAUGGAGACUUAGUCCUAGCAGAUAGAGGUUUCCUUACUGAGGAAGAACUUGCAGUACAUGGUGCAUCUCUAGCAAUUCCACCGUUCACAAGAGGCAAGAAACAGCUUUCUCAGCGAGAAAUCGAAUGUUCCAGGCGUUUAUCUAGAGCCAGAAUCCAUGUUGAAGGGCAAUAG